AUGUUCCUCCUCGUCGGCCGCUCUUGCCCACGUCAGACCGCUUUCCUCGUCGCCCGCGCUUUCCCUCAUUACCCUCCCCGACCCUCUGGUCGCAUAUGUUCCCGUAGUUGCCCACGCUCUCCCACGUUAACCACACAUCCCCUCGUCGCAAUUGCCAGUAGUAAACAUACCGCGCUUCAGAUCGUCACCCGCGCUCCCCUCAUCACCCUCGUCGACCCACACCGAUCCUCGCCGCCCUCACCUCCCUUGGUCACCGACAUUCCCUCUCGUCGCUCGCGCUUCCCCUCAUCACCCGUGCCGACCCUCGCCGCCCUCGCCUCCCCUCGUCGCCCGCGCCUCUCUCCCCGGCAUCUGCCCCCGUUCCCCCCAUCCUCUUCCCUGUUUCCCCGUAUCCCCUGCCGUGCUUCCCCCCAUCCCCUUCCCUGCUUCCCCCCAUCCCCUUCCCUGCUUCCCCCCAUCCCCUUCCCUGCUUCCCCCCAUCCCCUUCCCUGCUUCCCCCCUUCCCUUUCCCUGCUUCACCCCAUCCCCUCCCCUGCUUCCCCCCAUCCCGUCCCGUGCUUCCCCCCAUCCCCUUCCCUGCUUCCCCCCAUCCCCUUCCCUGCUUCCCCCCAUCCCCUUCCCUGCUUCCCCCCAUCCCCUUCCCUGCUUCCCCCCAUCCCCUUCCCUGCUUCCCCUCAUCCCCUUCCCUGCUUCCCCUCGUCCCCUCCCCUGCUUUCCCCCAUCCCCUUCCCUGCUUCCCCCCAUCCCCUUCCCUGCUUCCCCCCAUCCCCUGCCCUGCUUCCCCCCAUCCCCUUCCCUACUUUCCCCCAUCCCCUGCCCUGCUUCCCCCCAUCCCCCUCCCUGCUUCCCCCCAUCCCCUUCCCUGCUUCCCCCCUUCCCUUUCCCUGCUUCACCCCAUCCCCUCCCCUGCUUCCCCCCAUCCCGUCCCGUGCUUCCCCCCAUCCCCUUCCCUGCUUCCCCCCAUCCCCUUCCCUGCUUCCCCCCAUCCCCUUCCCUGCUUCCCCUCAUCCCCUUCCCUGCUUCCCCUCGUCCCCUCCCCUGCUUUCCCCCAUCCCCUUCCCUGCUUCCCCCCAUCCCCUUCCCUGCUUCCCCCCAUCCCCUGCCCUGCUUCCCCCCAUCCCCUUCCCUACUUUCCCCCAUCCCCUGCCCUGCUUCCCCCCAUCCCCCUCCCUGCUUCCCCCCAUCCCCUUCCCUGCUUCCCCCCUUCCCUUUCCCUGCUUCACCCCAUCCCCUCCCCUGCUUCCCCCCAUCCCGUCCCGUGCUUCCCCCCAUCCCCUUCCCUGCUUCCCCCCAUCCCCUUCCCUGCUUCCCCCCAUCCCCUUCCCUGCUUCCCCCCAUCCCCUUCCCUGCUUCCCCCCUUCCCUUUCCCUGCUUCACCCCAUCCCCUCCCCUGCUUCCCCCCAUCCCGUCCCGUGCUUCCCCCCAUCCCCUUCCCUGCUUCCCCCAUCCCCUUUCCUGCUUCCCCCCAUCCCCUUCCCUGCUUCCCCUCAUCCCCUUCCCUGCUUCCCCUCGUCCCUUCCCCUGCUUCCCCCCAUCCCCUUCCCUGCUUCCCCCCAUCCCCUUCCCUCCUUCCCCCCCUGCUGCCUCCCAUCACUCUCAUUCUCCUUCCUCCCGCACUCACACCUCUCAGUCCUCUCGCACUCUCUCUCUCCGUCCUCUCGCACUCGCACUCUCCUCCCCACCACCCUCAGCCCUCCUUCCCCUCACACCCACCCAUGUUCCCACCUGCCCUCCCCAUCCCUGCCUUUCCCUCCCUGCCCUGCCCUUCCCUUCUCCAUCCCUUCUCAAACCUUCCCUUUCAUGUCAUGCCCUCACCUUCCCCCUCAUCUUCCGCCCUCCAGUUACCAUGCAUGUGCACCCAUCACUGUCUCCCCAUACCGGUACAUGCUUUCAUCAUGUGCGCUUGCUUGUGUUCCCCUGCAGUUGUUCCCUUGGCACCUCACACCACUUCCCCCAUGUUCCAUCACACAAUUCUUUCUGCCUACUCCACUCUCCAAAUUUUCAGUGGUGAAGCAGAGGAGCAAGCUGAGGCGCAGCUAG